GAACUCAUCAGUGAGUGGGUGAUUCACGUUUGGUUUGUAUGUGGGAUGGGGCGACUAGUAGUCGGUCGCAUUCGGCUGGUGGGAUGGUUAUCCUAGCUCCGGGGCAGACAAUACUUCUGGCAAAGGGGUUCAGUUUUCGCAUAUGGAUGAGCCUGCUGUGGUGGAGUUGCUGGUGCUUCGGGAGGCUAUUAUUUGGUGUUUGGAGUAUGGCUUGUCGGAGGUCCGGUUUGAGGGUGAUGUCAAGGUGAUUAUUGAUAAAAUUAAUCAAGCCGACACAAGGGACAACCGGUUGGGUGCUGUGCAGGAGGAGAUAGGUCAUUAUUUUCGCGCUCAGCCUGGGUUUAGUGUGCGAUUUGUAGGUCGGGAGAACAAUAGGGUAGCUCAUUCGGUAGCUAGAAAAGCCCUCUCUUUGUAUCCGACUAUGUGUCGCUCCUUUGAUUUCCGGGCCUGGCUGGUUUCAAGGAUGUAACUAUCUUUUUAAUGAUCAAUAUAUGAUAUCUUUUGACAAAAAAAAAAUCUAGGUCGAACUCACCUGUUAUGAUUGAUAACGUUAUGUCGUACGUGAUAUGAUGAUACGAUCGGAGAGUUUUGCAGGUCGGGUUUUAUACCGAAAUCCAAGUCCUAAAUUAUGUCUGUCUUUAAAUUACUCUAAAUGAUGUAUGUCACUAGCUAGGAGUAUCCAAACUGAAAAAAAAAUCCAAAAUUUGAAUUAACCGAAUUUUUAUAAUGCUCCCAUAAUUUUGCAGAAUUUUGCAGGCUUGAGUUUUGUACUGCUCCCAUAAUCCCUCACAACAAGAGUUGUAAUUUGUAAGUAUCAUUUCGUUAGUCACUGUAAAUUUUAGUGGUCGAAUUUCACAACAAACAAAGUUUAGUAACGAAAUUUGGAGAAACCCACAAAUUUUAGUGACCGUUUGUGUAAUUGACCGUAAGAAUUCGCCUACUCCAUCACAUUCUCACCGUCCCCGACCCUCUGUGUCUUUUAAGAGCUGGACGGCCGGAGAGAGGAGAUUCUCAUUGCUGAAGCUGAAUCGGCGAUCGGAGGUUAUUUUAGACGGCCAUCGGAGGCUUUGUGUCAAAUCCAAUCAGGGAAUUCCCAGUUUCCUCUGCUCGCAGAAUCGUCCUCCCCUGAAUCAACUCUCAAUUUCAAUUCUAGGGUUUCCUCGCUUCGUUAAUUGCUGUAUUUGCUAGCUACCGAUCGAGCGAGGCCGCUCGCAACCUCCUUCUUUUCCACCGCCGCCUUCCUGCUGGUUUUUAUCCGCCAUCACCGUCCUCCAGGUUGCUCGGAGGCCUGGUUAGUCACAGUGAAUUUCUUUGUUCGUGGUUUUUUUUCUGCGUUCUUUAGCGUAACUGAUCAGUAGAAGGUGAAAAAGAUGUCUGGGAGAAACCGUGGGCCGCCUCUUCCAAUGAACGGCUUGCCGCCGAUGGCCGAACAUCGUUUCGGAAGAGGCCCGGGUUCAAUGCCACCGCACCCUGCCUUGCUGGAUGAGAUGAGGGAAUCCCAGUUUGGUUUAGACCCUCGGCGGCUACCCCCUCAUCAUCAUCAUCCUGCUGUUAUUGAGGAGAAUCUGGCUGCUCAGUACCAAGAGAUUCAAGUUUUGUUGGGUGAUAACCAGCGGCUGGCUGCAACUCAUGUUGCAUUGAAGCAGGAGCUGGAGGCCACGCAGCACGAGUUGCAACGGAUGGCCCAGUUUGCCGAUUCGUUGCAUCCGGAUAAAGAUAUUCAGAUGAGGGAGGUGCACGAGAAGUCUGUGAAAUUGGAGUCGGAUCUUCGUGGGUUGGAGUCGAUGAGGAACGAGCUCCAUCGUGUUCGUGGUGAUGUCAAGGAGCUUACUGAUGCGAAGCAAGAACUUACCGGUAGGGUGCAAAUGAUGACUCAAGACUUGGCUCGUUAUAAUGCGGACUUGAAGCAGGUGCCUGGUAUGAAGGCUGAAAUUCAGAGUAUGAAGCAGGACUUGCAGCGUGCACGAGCUGCAAUUGAUUAUGAGAAGAAAGGAUAUGCAGAGAAUUUCGAGCACGGACAGGUGAUGGAGAAGAAAUUGGUUUCAAUGGCUCGAGAGUUGGAGAAGCUUCGUGCAGAGAUAGCUAAUGCAGAGAAACGAUCACGCUCUUUGCCUCACGCAGGGCAUCAAGCUUAUAAUCCAAACUAUAGCAAUCCGGAAGCCGCAUAUGCUGGAAAUCCUUAUCCUGCUGGCUAUGGAAUGAACCCAGUGCAGCAGCAUGCCGAAAGUUUUUCACAGUAUGGCGUGGUCCCAGGUUCAUGGGGAGGUGCAUACGAUAUGCGGUCUCAAGGGAGAUAGGCAGCUAAUAUGUCCUGCUAAGAUGUUAUGAAUGAAAUCUCACGCUCUGCAACUUCUUAGAUAUCUGUUCCAGCUCUGGCGCAAUCUUUCCGUAGGUUAUGCCAAAAGAAGAUGAAGCUCUUCAUAAUGACUGCACAUGCCGUCAAGGAAACCGCAAGAGAAGGGAGUUUGUUUGUUGCAAACUGGUGGUUAUGAUGGAAGGGUUCCUCGGACAAUUCAAGGAAUUCAGUAAAAGCCUUCUUGGAAUACACUAAGUUGAAAGUGUGAAUUGUGAUAGUGGAUCUGGUUUGAAGCAAUUGCUUUUAUGUGUUUGGAGAAGAAAUUGCUUUUGUUUUC